AUGGCUUCCCAGGCGCAUUUGGACAAGAUGCAGCUCCGCCAGAACUACCGCAAUCUCUGGCACAGCGAUCUUGUCCACACCAUUCAGGCUGACACUCCAUAUUGCUGCCUUGCUCUCUGGUGUGGGCCUUGUGUAUCUUACUUGCUCCGCAAGCGGGCACUUUACAAUGACAUGUCAAGGUAUGUUUGUUGUGCUGGUUACAUGCCUUGCAGUGGAAGGUGCGGUGAAAGUAAGUGCCCGGAGUUCUGCCUUUGCACUGAGGUCUUCCUGUGCUUCGGAAAUUCUGUAGCCUCUACCCGGUUUCUGUUGCAAGAUGAAUUCAACAUUCAGACAACACAGUGCGACAACUGCAUUAUUGGCUUCAUGUUCUGCCUCCAACAAAUUGCGUGCAUAUUCUCCAUAGUUGCAAUGAUCGUUGGAAGUGAAGAGAUAUCAGAGGCUUCCCAGUUGCUGUCUUGUUUAUCUGAUAUGGUCUAUUGCACGGUCUGUGCUUGUAUGCAGACGCAACACAAGAUCGAAAUGGACAAACGAGAUGGCAAGUUUGGUCCACAACCAAUGUCAGUGCCGCCGAUGCAACAGAUGUCACGCUUGGACCAACAAGUCCCUCCCUCUGUUGGGUAUCCACCUCAACCAGGGUACGGCUACCAACCCCCUCAGGCUCAGGGAUACCCUCCGGCUGGAUACCCACCCCCUCAGGCACAGGGAUACCCUCCAGCAGGGUACCCUCCAUCAAACUACCCCCCAUCUGGCUACCCACCAAAGUGA